AUGGAGGAACCCACGCCUGAGCCCGCCUACGUCGACGUGGACAAGGGCCUGACGCUGGCCUGCUUCGUCUUCCUCUGCCUCUUCCUGGUCGUGAUGAUCAUCCGCUGUGCCAAGGUCAUCAUGGACCCCUACAGCGCCAUCCCCACGUCCACCUGGGAGGAGCAGCACCUGGACGACUGAGGCUGCGAGGGGGUGGAUGGGGACCGAGGCCCUGGCACCCCCGCCUCCACCUCCAGCUUGCAGCACUGGAGGCUGGGGAUGGCACAGGCUCGCCUCAGCACCUCCGGCUGUCACACGCCGCCGGGUGCCCUGGUGCUGGGGUGUGGGCUGGGGACAAGGGCACUGAUCCCAGACUCGGCUGGCACCCUGGGACCUGGGGGAUGGGCCCUGUGCCAGCUCCUGUGUGCCUCUGGGAUCCCAGUCCAGACCGGCAUCCAUCACACGACAGUUGCCUGGCUCCCAGGAGCUCUGUCCUUAGAAUGCUGCACAGCACAUGGGCCCUGCAGACACCUCCUGUGGCUGUGCCACAGCCCAGAGACAGGAGUGGAGCAGAGGGGGACAGGGACAGGUCCCCUCUGAAAGCUAACAGAAGUUCACAGGACUCUUUGAAGCAGUAUUUUUUAAAACCAACACACAGAAGGGAGAUAUUUUUCCUGUUUUAAGUGAAUGCACAUUUUAGAAGCUUGGGAAAAUGCAGACAAACAGGAGAAAAUAGCUCUUUAAUCCCACCUCCCAGAAUCUGCCCAUUUUGAUAUAUUUCUGCAGCCUUUUCUACAGGUAUUUUUUAGCCAAAUUUAUGUGGUGUGUAGGGACAGCAGACUCCGGGGCGGGACUCCUGGGGCCUCCUGACUACACGAGGCUGCUCCUCCCAGAAAACCACUGUACCCCGAAACCCUGGGGCACAAGGUCUGAGUGGAGACCUGGGCUCUGUUGGCCCUGGGUGCUCAGAGGAGCACAGCCUUGAGCAUCACCUCUGUCCCCCACUGUAGGGUGGGGAGGGGAAGCCUCACUGCGUUUUUGUUUUGGGGGUUUGGGGUGCAUUUUCCUUAGAAGACUGAAAGUGCAGGAGGAGGGCUUUACCUGUCGAUGUAGGGAGAGGAACAUGUCUCCUUCUCUUCCCUCACCCCACCGUGACCCUGCAGCAGGAGUUCUGUUCUAGACUAGCACCCUGCUCCUGUGCCCCAACUCCUCUGUCUUCUUGUGUGACCCCCAAAUAGGUCCGCUUCCGGUGAAACGGGGAAGGAGCAUCUACCUCAGCAGUGGCUGUGGCAUGACAUGAGACUCCCUGGCAGGCGCGAGGGUCCUGGCUGGCUCCGCCUUCCUGGAGAAGCUGGGUCCCCUCUCCUGUGGAUGGAUCCUAGCCAGGACCCCUGGGCAGAGGACACUCCCAGGGCCUGACCUCGAGGGAGGUGGGUGCAUUGUCCUCCAAUGCAGUGUGAAGCCAGACCGCCUGCGUCCCUCCCUCCAAGCUGCGUCCUCCUGAGGCGUGGCCUGUGUCUCCUCUGGGGCGAUGGGGACCUCGGCCUUCUCUUGUCUGCUCCUUUGCCAUGGUCCCCAGGCCCCCAGGCCACUCAGGAAAUGAGUUUCCAAAGCAUGUCACCUCCAGGUAAGCCCUGAGAACAGACAAGGCCACCAGUGUGCAGGCGGCUCCCAGCUUCUGGGUGUCCCCUUCCCACUGUGAGGAUACAGAGGGACAGUGCGGAGACAGUGGCCGUGACACCGGCAGGGCUGGGUCUGAAGCAGAUCCCUGGCAUCGUCUGCAGCCCGGCAGCUGCCCCUGGAACCUAACUCAGGGAUGCUGGGAGCCUCUCCAGGCAGCUCAUGCAGGGUCCUAGGAGCCCUGGAGUGUGAGCAGGGUUCCCCAGGGCUGGAGCUGCCCUCUGGGACCCUGGGAACUUGCAGAACCCAGAAUCCUGCCCACCCCAAUCUACAGGACCGGACCUCCAGUCUCAAGCACACUCACAGCGGGCUCUCCUUUGGUGCCAGGAGGGAACAGUAAACUUGAGAAAGGACAGGAACUGUAAGAGUCUCUCCCAAGCCUGGCCCGAAGCUGACUGGCGGUCUCCCCCGCCUCCACGCGCAGGCUGGAUUCUUCAGAUGCUGUCAGCUGUCGGCUUCACGUCAGGCUGUCGCACCACAGCACAGCUUGUUUCUGCAUUGCUGCCGAGCUUCAUACUUACUAUGGUUCCCCCAAAAUAAGACCUAGCUGGAAAAAGUCAGCCUGGAGCACUAGAGAAAAGCCAGCCCUCAUCAGCCGACCUGGCCUCUCCCUUACAGCCACCAAGCAAGAGCACAGUGAGGGUGUGGGCCGGCAGUUCUGACUGCUGAUUUUCGAGGGUGGUUGGUAUUUUCUGGCUCGAUCUUACUUUGAGGGAGAGGGUAGCAUUCUCAUGGGACCCAAAAAUGUGGCACCUAAUGUGCACGCAAUCCUGUAGAGCCCCCGAAUCGAACACGUCAGUCACUUCCAUUUUUCCUCUCAUCUCCCUCACAGGGAGGCGGGCCCCAGUGCUUGCUCUCCGCACACCCCUGAGGCCUCCAUGCCAGGACCUGCACCGUCAGGUCUGAGGCCGCCCACGCAGAGGGAGAGACAGCAGAAGUACAUGCUGCCACGGCGCUGUCUGCUGUUAAGGGGGAACACAGUGGUCUUGAGUGCCUUCAGCAGUUCGAAUGUCCCCAGACGCCAGAGAUUAACUCAACUCCAGAUGCCAAGUGCAGAGUUCCCCAAGCCCACCCUGUCCAGGGGGUGGCUGUGCUCCUUGGACUGGCUAUUGAGGACCCAUCCUGACUUGUGACCAUGGCCACCUGCAGUGCCCCUGGUAGCCCUGUCACAGAGAGGUGCUACCCGGAGUCCUCAGAGGGCAUCCCCACGCCUGCUGCUCUGCCCAGCCAUAGCCAAAGUUGGGGUGCUAACCAGAGUGGUGGGGGCAACCCUGUCCCUGAUGGUCAUCAGUCGAGGCCCCUCCCGGCAGGGCCCUCCCUGGUCCCACCCUCGAGGGAAAGCAGGGUUGGAGAGCCCUGAAGGGGAGACCUUCAGGAAGCUGGCCAAGGUUAAAGGCAGGGGGGCAGCUCCCCAAGGAUGGUCCCAGAGUGAGGCUGUGGGGCAGCAGGACUUGGGUAGGGUUAGGGUGGUGGGGGAGGAGGCCAGGCCCAGGCAGAGGUCACUACACCUUCUGGAGCAGAGUGGGGGAGGUCUCCCUCCUCCUGUCCUGGCCCCUGGCCUGGUCAUUCAGUGCCCAAACCAGCAGAAACCACCUCUCAGCAUGUAUGAGCUGUGUUCUGAUUUGGAGAAAGGUGACCCCGAGGUCAGGGACCUCUGAGGUCCAUCAGCCGCCACAAUGUACGGGGGAUGUCAUGUUUGUCCCACUCCCUGGAACUCAAAUCAAUGUGACCACGCUAAGGUGACAGAGACAGCGAAUGUGAGACUGGCCACCAAGUCAUCCCACAUCUUCCCCUUGGGAGCCAGGCAUCGCCCUCUACCACCGCCACAGUGCAGGGAGAGCCUUGCUAGCCCUGGGCGCUGGCGAGUCACCCUGACAGUACGGUGUGCUCCAGGGCUGCCUGCAGGCUCAGUGUGAGGACCCCAGCUGGCCAGGCCAGAACCAGCUUCAGAUUUAACAGGAAGCAUUUCUCCUUGGUCCCUGAGAAUUUCCGAGCCCGACGAGCCUACAGUUUUAGGAUGGAGCCCAAAAUCCCUGAGUGGACUGCUGCGUGCGACAGCCGGGCAGUCACAGACGCGGCUUCCUGCAGGUCGUGCAGGGGCAGGAGCCCUCGGCCGCCACAGGCAGGGAUGGAAAUCAGAGCGGCCACCGUGGAGAGCAUCAGGCCAUGAAGAAACUAAAGUGGAAGGCAACGCUGCCUGGGGUGUGUCCAGGGGAAGUGGGAGACAUCGCAAGGGCCAGGAGAGCAGCUUCUGCGCGCCACUCCGCUGGCAGUGCAGGCAGAUAUGGGGACCCAGGACGGCCUGGACCUGGAGCUCGUUGGGCUGUGUGAUGUCGGCCAGACGGAAAGACAAGUACCGCGUGAGCUCACUCGUACGUGGAGCCUCCUGGACACUGGAGUGGCUCCGUGCUUCCCCAGCCAGCUGGAGCAGGGCAGGGGCCCAGGGUCCAGGUGCUGUGAGAUGGGAGGAGGGGGCAGGGGCACCGAGGGCACUGGCCAGAUCCAGGGGAGCCAGAAGAGAAGAUCUGGGAUGUCUUCACCUCCAAGAAGAGACCGUGUUUGAGAUAGCUACGUCCCCCAGGUUUAAACAUUACCCAUGUAAACCUAUCCACACAGCAUGGGGUACCGGAAGGGGGAUGUACAACUUUGUGUCCAUUUGAAAAAUAAGGAACUAAAAUAAAUGAUAUGAGAAGGUCAA